GAACAUACACGAUCCAGACAGUCAGUGCUGCCAACAUUUUAAUGUUACAAAAAUCUUAAAUGGCGAAUUACAAAAUUUUCUAACAAAAGCGAAGUAGUUUUAUCGUAAUUUAAUCGAAUUAAGUUAUUUUAAAAUUAUGGAAAUCACACGUACUACUCUUGGGAUUGCCGCGGGUAUAGCAGGAACCUUGUUUCUCGGCUAUUGUGUGUAUUUCGACCAACAGCGACGGAAGGAUCCUCUAUUCAAGAAGAAGUUGAGAGAACGUAGACAGAAUGCAGUUAAAAACUCAAACCGAUCAAGCACACUUGGCGGGCCUCUGCCUGAUAUGAAUGACCACGAAGCCAUGCAGCGGUUCUUCUUGCAGCAGAUUCAGCUUGGAGAGGAGCUUCUAGCAGCUGGUAACUUGGAAGCAGGUGUGGAGCACCUUGGACAGGCAGUUGCUGUCUGUGGGCAGACACAACAGUUGCUUGGAGUUCUCCAACAAACAAUGCCAGCUCCAAUAUUCCACCUCUUACUCAAAAAAUUGCCAGAGGUGUCAGAACGUCUCCGUGCCUCCAUGAAAGCUAGUGGCAAUGUCUUGCAAGAUGAAGAUGUUGAAUAAACUAUAUUUAUGAAUCUACAUUCAGAAUAUUAAAAGCACCAG